AGAAACAAGGAAGAGCUGAGGGAGGGAGCUCAGGGAAUCUGGGGUCUGGAGGUCAGGGAAUUCUGGGCUCCUGGGUGUCUGUAACAGUCAUGCUUCUUGUCUGAGCUCUGCGAGGUGGGUGGGGCUGGGGGCUCAGAGCCCCGAGAGCAGAGGGCUUGCUGGGUGUGCACUGGUUCCAUGGUAGGAGACUCAGAAGCGCCUUUACCUUCAGGGGGAAUGCGGGGCCGGACCCUGAACCCUCGGACCAUUUACCCAGUGUUGCCCAAACUCCUUGCCCUCCUGCCCAUGUCCUUUCAGAAGCGACUUCACUGCAGAAGCUGUAGCCAGGACCUCUCCAUGGACACUGCUAUGUUUCCAGAGAAGAUGAGUAAUGGGAUGCUGAGGGGCAGCAGAGACAAGGAGGCCAUGGCAGUGCCUGAGGAAGGCUCAGCGCACCAGGCGAGCAGCCCCACCUUCAUCCUCCAGGAGACCUCACUGUGAUCUGGACUCAGGACCCAGGCCUCUGUCCACACUCUGCCAGGCACUUCCCCUCACCCCAAACCCUUUGUCUCUCGAAG